CUUUUUUAGCUCCCAAAACCCCACACAAACACAACACUCAUACACUUUCUCUCUCUAAAUUCCCCUCUCUCUCUCUCCUCCCCCAUUUCCAUGGCUUCAACUCGUGAGGGUCACUACAGAGGAGUGAGAAAGCGUCCCUGGGGCCGUUACGCCGCAGAGAUUCGAGACCCAUGGAAGAAAACACGUGUCUGGUUAGGCACUUUCGACACUCCAGAAGAAGCUGCACUCGCUUACGACGGCGCCGCCCGUUCACUCCGCGGCGCUAAAGCCAAAACCAACUUCCCUCCUCCUCCUCCUCCGCCGCCGCCGCAGCCUUCUUCCGCUCCUCUUACACUCGAUCUCAACCUUCCGUCUGAUCACCGGUGGACUUCCCCCUCCGGACGUAGGCUCAUGAUUGGAGAGUUUCUACAAGUAGGUCCGCCGCCGGAAAUUAACUUGCCGGUCGCCGUCGCUGCGCCGGCGAAGGAAAACGAUGUUGGAGCUGCGGCUAUGUAUUUUGGGAUUGUGAGACGUGGGUUGCCUAUUGACUUGAACGAACCGCCGCCGAUGUGGAUGUGAGGAGGCGGCGGCGGAUAAUUAAUGACUUAGUAAAAUUACUUUUUUGUUUUUUCAUUUUUGUCAUUCUCUCUAUUUUCAAGCUUUUGGGAGAAAGGUAAUUUCUAUGAAGAAAAAUAGAAGAAAAAAAAAAGAAGAAGAUAUUAAUGUUAUUAUUAGGAGGAAGCACAUCAUUAUGUAAAUACCCUUUUUAUUUUAAUGUUAAUUCUAAUUCUCCAUA